AUGGUGAACAAGAGACAUCUUCAAAAUAGAAUUACCUCGGUGACUAGUGGAGAUACCACUAUAUCUGAUCUGUCGGAAAUCCAGAAGGUGUUUGUUGAUCAUUUUCAGGAUCUUCUUGCUGCUACUCCUAAUUUGGGCUGCCCUGCUAAAGAGGAGAUCCAAGCGGUUCUUAAUCAUUCGUUGGAUGAGGAUCAGGAUUUCUUUGUGACCGGGAAGCUGUUAAAACAAAUUAACACAACCAUUAUUGCCCUUGUGCCCAAGAUUCCCAAUGCCUCGACCGUCCAUGACUUCAAGCCAAUUGCGUGUUGCAAUACUAUAUAUAAAUGCAUCACUAAGCUUAUUGCUAACCGCCUGGCUUGUGUCUUGCCCUCCAUUAUCAGUUUACCUCAAAAUGCAUUCGUAAAGGGAAGACACAUCAGCGACAAUAUCUUGCUUGCUCAGGAAUUAUUUAGUGGAUUUCAGCAUGAUCCAUAUUGA